CUUGUAAUCUAUAUAAGAAUGUCUGGGGUUUGGGUUUUCAGGAACGGGGUGGUCCGGCUAGUGGAGAAUCCGGGGGCGGAGGCAGUAGACGGUGGCCGGGGUGGAAGGCGCAGGGUGCUAGUUCACACGGCAAGUAAUGAAGUGAUAACCUCAUACGCGGUGCUAGAGCACAAGCUGAGCUCACUGGGGUGGGAGCGUUACUACGAUGACCCUGACCUUCUUCAAUUCCACAAACGCUCCACCGUGCACCUUAUCUCUCUCCCAAGGGAUUUCAACAAGUUCAAAUCCAUGCAUAUGUAUGAUAUAGUCGUCAAGAACAGGAACUCCUUCGAAGUCAGGGACAUGUAGGUAUAUAUAUAUAUAUACACACAUAUAUAUAUAACCAACAACCCUCUGCAUGUGUCUCACUAAUUCUUGGAGAGUAAUUUCUUUAAUUUGGUUUUUCUAAUUUAUGUAAAAGUGUGUUUAUGUUAGUUUGACUUUUAGAUUAGUGGCCAUGGGGAUUGGUGUCUAUGUCUAAAUGAUUAUGGUUACAUUAAUUAGUGU